AACUAACUAUCCCACGCUAAAUCAAAUAUACGAAAGGUUAGCCAUUAAUUUCUAGCAUAAUAAACAUAAUGAAGGUCUUGCUUGUUUUAGCCGCUGUGGUGUGUGUGGCUUUAGCCACUUAUCCAAUGCCUUAUGGAGGAGGUGGUUAUUAUGGCGGCGGUGGCUAUGGGCCGAUGGGUGGAUAUAGAUUUGGCGCUAUGCGUGGUCCAUAUGGUGGUGUAAUUGCUGGAGGCUCAUUCGGUGGUUAUGGUCCAUAUGGAGGAUACGGUGGAGGACGUGGUUUCUAUGCUGGUUACCCAGGUUACGGUGGUAUUUAUGGUGGUGGAAUGUACGGCGGAUAUCCAUACGGUGGAGGUUAUGGUGGCAUGUAUGGUGGUUACCGAAAGGGAGGCUACUAUUGAUGGGUUGAACAGCACUAAUAAACAACGACUAACGGGUAGACGACCAAGCGCUUUCUUAAUGUAUAAAACUAUGUACUUUAUAAUGAUAAUACAAUAAAAGCAUCAUGGAGAACUUAU